CAUCCUACUCUACUCCAUAGGAAAACCUCUUUUCUAUACAACGUUCCUGAACGUGUUCGUUAUUUUAUCCCAUGAACCAUAAAAGAAACGUUUGAAAAAUAUUUAUUUAAUAAUAUUGAAAUUGAUUAAAGCUUUUUUUGGGGGUUUCUUUUUUAUUUCUACUGUUUUUGAUUCCUUUUUGGCUUUCUCGUUUUUGUACUACCAUGUCCAAAUCUGAUGCAGUUUCUAGAUUGCUAGCAGAGAUUUCUGCUCAACAGAACCAAAACCAAGUGGUUCCAGAGCUUCCUUAUCCUACUUCCAGUGGCAUCAUCAACUUAAACGACCCUAAUCCAUCAUUGGGAACUUUCGUUCGUCUGUAUGACCCUGCUUACUCGUCCCAGCCAUACCAAGAUUCCUUAAUAGGCACUACUCCUUUAGCCCCAUCUGCAUAUCAUCCACCAAGUUCUUCUAGCUCAUCAAAAACUUCGUAUUCAUUUCCCGUCAAAAGCUGCUAUGUAGGCAUGCUCAUUGGAAAACGUGGCGAAAAACUCCAAAAAAUGGAAUCAGCCACAAAGACAAGAGUUCAGUUUAUGCCUGAAACUCCUUCAAAACCAGGUGAGCGAAUGGCCAUCAUUACUGGCCAAACCGAAACCAUUGAUAUGUGCCGUAGGGAAAUAUCUCAAAAAAUCAAGGAUUAUCAAGAUGUACUUACGGCCACAGCGUUCCCGGCUAUAGCACAUGGCGUUGGCGGAAAUCACCAUCCCACGUAUGAGACCCCUGAUCCAUUUGUUAUACCUGAGCACCACAUCGGACUUGUUAUUGGCAAAGGUGGUGAAAAGAUUCGUGACCUGCAAGAGGCAACCGACACAAAGAUUAUCAUUAAUACAGAUACUGACUUAAUGAAUCCUCUGCGACCCGUGUCCUUCCAAGGGUCACCAGAUGGAGUUUCCAGAGCAAAGUCUAUAAUUCAAGACAUCAUUGUACAGGAACAACUGAAAAUAAACUCUCUGUCGACAACCUCCAACCCAAACAAAGUACAAACUGAUGUUAUGGCUGUUCCAAGAGAAUCCGUGGGAAUGAUUAUUGGGAGAGGCGGUGAGACAGUUCGUGAAAUCUAUGCGAAAACAAUGUGCCAAUUAAAAAUAUCUCCUGACGGUGGUCCUUCUGUCCCUGAACGUGAAAUCACAUUCAUCGGAACUCCGUCAAGUGUGGAGUUGGCUAAGUGGGAUGUUUUAGAAAGACUAGAGCGAGCUGGUGUGCCUCUUCGUCGUCUCGCUCAUCCGCCCAUUCCUCCUGCUGCUUCUAUACCUCCAACGAACGUUCCUGGAACGGCUAUGCCAAUGCCAAUGCCAGAACCAUAUCCUCCUUAUGGAGAUUAUGAAAAUUACAUGAAAGCGUGGCAGCAAUAUCCUCCUAAUCCUAUGUAUCCCAAGUAAUGACGAGAACUUUCUAAACUAAAUGAAGAAAAAAGCUACUUUUUUCUUCGCCUAAAAAUAGAACUACAGAUUAAAUUAUGCGAUGUUAAUGAUUGGCAUAUGUUUAUAAAAAAGGAUUCUUCAGAUGAUGCUCAUAUCGUACAUCUUAUUUAAAGUAGUCAGACUAUAGAAAUCGCUACCUUUGCUAGCCCUACUUUUCGUGAUUUAAGUUUUGAUGAACAUAUGAAGUCAAAAGGGUAACCGAUUCGAUAAAAUAAUAUUCUCCUACCUAUUGACUUGCCUCCUAUCUUUUACUAAUUACAUGCAAGAAUCGUUCUAAUCUUCCUUAAUCAGUGCUAAAAAAUGCAAACAUUUUUACUUAUUUAUUGAAUUCCAUAGAACCAUUUACGUAAGGGAACGAAACCCAGUGAAGUCUAAGGAAUCGCACUAUACUGAAACAACUACAUGUUACUACGCAGCUUUCGCCUUUUAUGUAAGCUGAAUACUACCAUUACCAGACCUUCUUUCAAACAACCAAAUU